AUGCCACCAUUACUUCGUUUAUUUUUGAUGUAUGUAAUGGCUACUUUAUACAUCAUUGCUGGUAUUUUUCAUUUUGUAACACCAGAAUUUUAUCUUGCAAUUAUGCCAACCUACCUGCCGUAUCAUCUCGAACUCGUUUAUUUAUCAGGUGUUGCUGAAAUUAUUUGUGGUUUAAUGUUAUACUUGAAACGUACGCGAGUAUUCGGUGCUUGGCUUACUAUUGCAUUACUUAUUGCUAUUUAUCCGGCUAAUAUUCAAAUGGCACAGAAUUAUUGGUCACAGAAUCAUCCACAAAAGUACUUAUUAUUGGCUCGCCUUCCAUUUCAAUUUGUUUUUAUAUGGUGGGCAUAUCAAUAUACGAAACCGAUCGAACAUUCUAAAGUCUAUUAA